AUGGAUGAAAAUUUUAGCCUUCGAAGCGUAUGUCAAGGCUCGAAAUCUUUGUGUGAUCUCUCUUUAUUUAGGGAUAUUAAAGAUGAACUCUUGGCUGAGAAACAACAGCAAAAUACAAAAAAAUUUGUUCCUGAAAGAUCAAGAGAUACAUUUUCAGCAAGUAGUCAGAAGGGAACUAUUCGACCAAGAACUAGAUAUUCUUUUCCGUUGCCAUUAGCCGCGUAUAAUCCUUUUGAUGAAAUGCCAUUUUAUUUCUCAAGAAAUAGAAGAAAUCGUAGAUUUGAUGAAGCUCAGAUGAAAUUGGAACAAUAUAGAAGGAAUAAAAGGGCCAUUAGAAAUUUAGGUAAGGAUUACUUUAGACCUAUAGGAUUGAAUAAGACAAUGAGACAAAUAGAAGAAGAACGAUUGAAAAUAGAAGAAGAAAGGAUAAGGACAGAACAAGAACAAAGAGAAAUGGAACAACAAAGAGCCUUUGAAGAGCAACAAUUUAGAGCUCAGCAAAUACAGCAUUUACAAGAACAACAAAGAAGAAGACAGCAGCAGCAACAACAGCAAUAUAUGGCGGAAGAAGUAGCAACUCGUACUAAUAUCCCAAGCCAGCAAGAAAACGAAGACGGUGUUGUAGUGGAGCCCAAUAGUGAUAUACAUCACUCUGGUAUUAGUGAUAACAGUAUUAAUAUGAUGACAAUACAGGCUCCUAUAUCAAUACGACCUCCACCUAUAGCUACAUUUGAGACUGAUCAGAAUUUUGUAGAAUCUCAACAAAAUAUAUCCAUAAACCAACAAUUUCGAACAACAGAUCACCAGCAUAGAAGCUAUCAAGGUACAAUUGAUAAUGACAACAACCAUAACACUACUUUUAUUGAAGGAGGCACAAUCCAUGGGGAAGACCUUGAUGAAGAAAUAGAUGAAGAUGAAGACGAUGACUUAUCAUAUGAUUAUGAUGCUGAAUAUGACCGUGUAGAUUCUACUGAUAAUAACAAUAGUCAUAAUCAAAGUGAACUUUAUAAAAAUACUACAAAUUCAUUGAACCAUACUAUUAUUCAUGAUGAUGGUAUUAUUGAAAACAUUGAUACGGACAUAAUGGAUAACGUUGAUAAUAGUAUUGUUGGCGAAGAUUUUGGAAACUUUAGUGUCCGAAGAAAUGGAACUAGAAUGACAAGAGGCCAAUCGAUCCAACAGUACGUAGCAUCUUCAAAUAUUGAUAAUAGUGAAUUUGCAGUGGUUGAUGAAUAUGAACAUCCAAACUUACAUAUUGACCAAGACAGCGACUUAAUUAAUGAACACGAAUUUACUGAAAUACCUGUUUUAAAUAUUUCAGAUACCCUGCAGUUAACCGAUAAUGAAAUGAACUCAAGUGUUACUCAUGAUAUAAACAUACAAAACACAGGUUCUGAAGAUACGCAUAAUGAUAUUUGA